CACAAGCAGCCUGUCUGGAUGCACAACAUGCAACUCCUCUGGAAUAUCUCAUGAAAAUAUGCAAUUAAAUAUGAAUGAUUCCUCUUAAGGCUGAGGAGAAGAGAAAGCUGUGACACAUUGGGUUUGUGAGGAGUGUCGCUGGUGCGUGAUGACGGUCACUUACACCGCCAGAGUGGCCAACGCACACUUCUGCGGUUUCUCCAAACUGCUGCUGGCCUGGAAAGGAAGCAUCUAUAAAGUUCUGUACAAAGAGUUUCUGGCUUUCUUCGCCAUGUACACAGCAAUCAGCAUCACAUACAGAUUCUUCCUUCUAGACAAUCAGAAGAGAUACUUUGAAAAGCUUUCCAUAUACUGCAACCAAUACGCCAGUCUUAUCCCAAUGUCUUUCGUAUUAGGGUUUUACGUGACAUUAAUAGUGAACCGCUGGUGGAAUCAGUACACGUCCAUCCCGCUGCCAGAUCGCAUCAUGUGCACACUCUCCGGGGGCCUGCAGGGCGGCGAUGAGCGCGGCAGGUUGCUGCGACGAACACUGAUGCGCUACACAAGUCUGUCCGCGAUCCUGAUCCUGCGCUCCGUCAGCACAGCCGUGUUCAAGAGAUUCCCGACAAUGGAUCACGUUGUUGAAGCAGGUUUUAUGGCAAGAGAAGAGCGUAAGAAGUUUGAGGGUUUGCACUCACCCUAUAAUAAGUAUUGGAUCCCGUGUGUGUGGUUCACUAACCUGGUGGCAGUCGCCCGCUGUGAGGGCAGAAUUAAAGAUGACAAUACUUAUAAACUCCUACUGGAGGAGCUGAACAAUUUCAGAGGGAAAUGUAGCAUGCUUUUCCACUAUGACAUGAUCAGUGUGCCACUGGUCUAUACACAGGUGGUGACUCUGGCAGUGUACAGUUUCUUCUUGGUGUGUUUAAUUGGUCGUCAGUUUCUGGACCCUAGUCAGGGUUAUCCGGGUCACGACCUUGACCUUUAUGUCCCCAUCUUUACCCUUCUGCAGUUCUUUUUCUAUGCUGGCUGGUUGAAGGUCGCAGAGCAGCUCAUAAAUCCUUUUGGAGAGGAUGACGAUGACUUUGAGACCAACUGGCUGAUAGAUAGAAACUUCCAGGUUUCUAUGAUGGCAGUGGAUGAGAUGUAUGGAGAUUUGCCCACGAUGGAGAGGGAUCGUUACUGGAAUGACUCGAAUCCUCGUCCACCGUACACAGCCGCUACGCUUUUCGUGCUGCGUAAACCCUCUUUCCAGGGCUCCACCUUCGAUAUGGCAAUUCCUAAAGAGGAGAUGCAUUUCCAGCCUCUGGAGGAGAUCGCAGAGAACCUGGAAGAAUCCGGGACACGGUAUCACAACCUCGCUCUCUUCAACCGGCUCCUCAGCUCCGCCCCGUCUCCCACGGCCUUCAUGGGCGAAGCCUUGCGCCGCACCUCCACCCAGCUACGUCAGUUGACACGUUCCGUCAGCCCUGACCCCUUCUUGUCAGACGGAGAGGGAGAGGGCAGCAUGGGGAGGAGCGUAGGAAUGGCUGGUUCGAUGCCAUCUGGCCUCGGGCUGGACACCACCCAGAGCACCAUCUGCAGCUGUGGAGGACUCAUCAGUACCCGCCCUCCGCUGCCGGCCGUGGAGCUCAACAAGCAAGGAGAGAGGGAUGGAAGAGUGGAAGAGGAAAGAGGGCAGAAUGCCCGCCAGAGUCCUUUUGCCCUGGGAUGUUUGAAGUCUCAUCUCUCCGUUUCAAGUGUCACCAACCGCUCUGUACCGGACUUCUUCUCAUUUCAGCAUAUUAAUGACCAGGCAAAGGUCAUGACCCCAAAACUGGCCAAAAGCAAGGCAGAACAUGGCGCGUCUUUACUGAGUGUCCCAUCUCUUGAGGUCUCACCAUUCCCAUAUAAUACAGAAAGAGAUCGGAUGUUGGCAGAUUCAAAAUGUCUGUCAUCCAAUGGCCAAACUCAAUGUCAGUGUGGAAGCAUUGGAUCUGAGGUCAUAGGGUCAGGUAGCAAGGUUGACUAAAUCAAACUUCCACCUUGACAUUCAUAGAGCAAAAAAUUUGAGCAACACGAUCAUUGACAUAUAUCUGAAUUAUUCUAUAAAGAUAUAAUAUUGACAAUAUUCAAAAACCUUUACAAAACUAUUGCAAUUCAAAAUUUUAAAAAGCCAGAUCAUUUGGAGCUUUUCAGUGAUGCUUUUUAGAUACAGUGUAUAAUCUUAUGCAAAUGUAUGCCAGGAGAAUAUUUAGCAGAGAUGGGUCACUUCUAUUAUAAUAAAUGGGAGAAAUUGAAAGCCCAACAAUUUGGAAUGCCCAAUUCCCAUCCAUCCAUCCAUCUUCAACCGCUUAUCCGAAGUCGGGUCACGGGGGCAGCUGCUCCAGCAGGGGGCCCCAAACUUCCCUAUCCCGAGCCACAUUUCCCAACUCUGACUGGGGGACCCCGAGGCGUUCCCAGGCCAGUGUGGAGAUGUAGUCUCUCCACCUAAUCCUGGGUCUUCCCUGAGGCCUCCUUCCUCCUCCGCCCAAUUCCCAAUGCACUGUAAAUCCUCAUGGUGGCAUAGUGACUCACCUCAAUCCGGGUGGUGGAGGAUGAAUCACAUGGCUUGUUGAGCACGUUACCGUGGAGACAUAGUGCGUGUGGAGGCUUCACACUAUUCUCUGCAGCAUCCAUGCACAACUUGCCACAUGCCCCAUCGAGAGCAAGAACCACAUUAUAGUGACCACGAGGAGGUUACCCCAUGUGACUCUACCCUCCCUAGCAACCGGGACAAUUUGGUUGCUUAGGAGACCUGGCUGGAGCCACUCAGCACGCCCUGGAUUCAAACUCACGACUCCAGGUGUGGUAGUCAGCGUCAAUACUCGCUGAGCUACCCAGGCCCCCUACAAACUGGGAAAAUGUUUUUUUUUUUGUGUAAUCUGAGGAAAAGAAUCACAAUUUAUAAUUCUAGUUUUGUCCGAUUAUAUUGCUGAUUUGAAAUAUAUUCUGUGAUCGUAAUCUUGAGCAACUUUUUUGGAGAUUUCGGUCUUUCUCCAUUCAAGUAGAUAGGAGAUGCACUGUCAUGACAGGAAAUAACCUCCCGGGAGCAUCCCAAAGAUGGCCGACAGUGGACUGAUCGCUGGAAAGACUUUGAUGUAUACAAAAUAAUCAUUGUGACGAAAACGUUCAUCAGCACUGACAUUGAUCUCUAGUUUAGAAAUGAGAAGUGCAUGUAUAGAUGAACAGAUGUAACUGAUAGUUUUCAUUCAUUUGAAUACAUUAAAUAGAUUCAAAUCAUUUGAAAGUAGAGAAUAUGACACAGGCAAUGUUCUGAUGAUAUGGACAGUAUCUACAGUAGUUCGGCCCUAAUUUCAACCCCAAACUGUCCCAUCAAAAUAUCUGGCUAAAAUGAUCCACACGAGGGCAGUAUUGCAAUACUCAAAGGCUUUUGGAUGAUUUUUAAACAAUAGCAAAGAAACUAUUCAGCUAGGGAUAAAAAUAUGAGGUUUUUUUAUAUUCUUCCAAGUUUAUAGUUUA